AUGUACACAGUAGCCCGUGAGAAACCCCUCGCUGCCGUCCUCUCCCCAGAAUUCCAGGACACCUACUGUGCGACGUGCUUCUCGGAAAUCGAUCCGAGCCAUUUGGAUUCAGAGAUCCUCACAUGCGACGAUUGUACACAAGUGUCGUAUUGCUCAUUAAAGUGUCAGAGGAAGGACUGGAAGACCGUGCAUCAGUUGGAAUGCGAGAUUUUGAGAGGAACAGCGCAAAAUAUGACAGUAACCAUGAGGCUGUGCGUGAGAGUGCUUUUGAAUACCAUUGGAAACUCAAAUGGACCGGAUAUCGAUGCUCUGGAGACGAACUACAAAGAGUUUCGCUCCAGCCCGAAACACAAUCAAUUCCUCUCUGAUAUCCUCACCAUUAUCAAAGCUUCUGGACACAACAUCUUCCCUGAAUCAAUGGACAACAACAAAAUGAUCGCAAUCAUUUGCAGUGUGUUGUGCAACUCGUUUGGAAUAAUCGCUGAAAAACGGGUGGAACCUAUUGGAAGUGGAAUGUAUGUGGGGCUAGCCACGCACAAUCAUUCCUGUGCUUCUACUUGUCAUGUGGUGUUUGAUGGGAAUCAGGCGGUGUUGAGGUCCAGGGACAGACAGUAUUGUAAGAAUACCACAAUAUCCUAUGUCUCUCGGAUGCUACCCACUUUCGAACGUCAAAAAUCCAUCCGCAACGUCCACUUCAUCACCUGCCGCUGUGAAAUGUGCCUGAACGAGGAUCUCGACUUGACUGGAUUAGCUUCAAAGUGUCAAACCAGCAAGUGUCAGGGAUUUGUCAAAGGUGCCAAUGGAUCAUGUACUACUUGUGGGAAGCCAGCGAUGAUACCUUUUGAGCAGAGCACUCAAUCAACCUCAAAGCUCCUGGAUACCCUUGAAAAUCUCCACAAAUCACAGCAAUUGGAUACUGUACAAGAGUACAGACACCUUCAGAAUCUUCAAGAAGAAUACGGGCGGAUUCUGGCGGACUGCAACGUGGCGAUUCUACAACUAGAUGAGCAAUUGGCGUACUGUGCAAGUGAAAUGAAGAAUGUUCCAGAAGAUAUGGAAUUAAUUGCAAUUAGAGGUGUUCAGCAUUUUAUUUCUCGACUCGGAAUAGGUGCUCCUGAAGUGACACGUCGUUUGUAUAUCGCUUGUAAAUGUCUCUCACGUCUUCAAAAGUAUUCUAUGGACAUCCCGAAACUCGCUGUCCAGUCUAGCUUGGAAAGUCAUGGAGAGGACCAUCCGAUUUCGAAAUUUUUGGCGGAUUUGGUGGAUGAGCCAGAAUAG